CACACACUCAGGUUUCUCCUCCUCACUCAGAGAACAUAACCACCGUUUUGUCUAUGUGUGUUAUCAUUUUUCUUCUGCUCUUUGGAGAAGGGGAACAUAUUAUUAUGUCAAGCAGCGAGUUCAACGACCCCAGAAACCGACGAUAGUUGCGCGCUGACCGGUUGGUUGGUCAGAGAGCCUGAGUGACAGGCAGCAAUGGGUCGGAAGUUGGAUCUGUCAGUGCUCACGGACAAUGAGGCGGAGCAUGUGCUGCAGGUGGUGCAGAGGGACAUGAAGUUACGCAAGAAGGAGGAGAAGCGGCUGAGUGAACUGAAGCAGGAGCUGGAUGAGGAGGGCAGUCGCUGCCUCCUGCUGUCAAGGCAGCGUUGCUUCAACCGGCGCUGCUGCAUCCGCUGCUGCCUGCCCUUCACCUUCCUGUUCAACCCCAAACGCCAGUGUCAGCUCUGCCGCUACAACGUCUGCAAGGCCUGCAGGGUCUACGACAAGCAGGACAAAGCCUGGCUCUGCUCCUCCUGCCAGAAGAGCCGGCUGUUGAAGACACAGUCACUGGAGUGGUUCUACACUAAUGUGAAACAGCGCUUCAAGAGAUUUGGUAGUGCCAAAGUCCUGAAGACUCUAUACAGGAAGCACCUGGCAGAGCACUCUGACCUCACUGAAGGCAGCGGCUACGAGGAGAGCGUUUGCAAUGAGGGCAGCGUCUGUGGGAGCGACUCGACCUUCUACAGACAAAGUGAAGAGCACAGCAUGGCAGAGACGCUCACUGUGGCCUUGCGUGUGGCGGAGGAGGCCAUAGACGAGGCCAUUUCCAAAGCAGAGUUGGACACUGACAGUCAGGAGAAGCAGAAAGAGGCUCUCUAUCUGCAGGAGCACAGAGGAGAGCUCAUCGAGGAACUAGCCCAAACUAUUGUGCAAAAGAUCAUUAGCAGCAGGAAGACUCUGGCUGACACGAGGGAAAAGAACAACCAGGACUGGCCUCUGGAACAAAACGCAGAUCCUCAUCAUCGUCAUCAUCCAGCCACCUGUGAUCAAGCCUGCAGCUCUCUGAAACACCAGCCAGCCCUCUGGAGGUCACACUCUGCCUCUUCACUCGUGGACGACGACUCUCCAGCGCUGAUACGAGACUCUCUGCAGCUGUUGAAGAAGGAAGGCAGCGAGUCCACUAUGGCAGCUUGGAAGAGCGUCGAUAGACUAGACAACACUGUGCUGCAGAGCGCAGACAGGAACUGGAUCGCCCUGCAGAGCAUCCAGUUGUCUCGUCCCGGUCUGUUGACCAAAAGGAAGAGCCUGGUCUACAGUGCCUUGGAGAAGGAGUCCGGUAUUGUGUCCGCUUACGAAGGUUUAGGCUCUGACAGUGAAACCAAGCCUCAGUCCGACAUCUCCCAGGGCGCCGCACUCGGGGAGAUCCACAAGAAGAUGACGGACUCUAACUUCAACCCACAGGGCACUCAGGACAGGAGCCCAACUCCACGAACAGACUUCACUGAUCUGCCUUCAGACUCUGAUGGGAAGUGGAAAUCUCACAAACCGCUGCACGCUUUUUAUAAGAGGAACGACGUGCCUGUGGAAGUAAGGCGAACUUCAGCAUCCAGAGGGACAAGUAUCAUUGAUAUGAACUUUAAUUCAGCGGUAACAUCAGAGGAGGAGAGCAGUGUGGCUGCUGAGGUGGGAAAAGUCGGGAGAUCACGGAAGAAAAGGAGGAGUAAAAAGGAGCAAGCAGCUACUUUUUCUGUGACGGAAUUAAACAAAAACGAUUGGUCCCAACCUUCCCCUGAUACCGUGACGUCUGAUACGUUUGAAACCUCGGCCCCCGAACAGUUUGACCCCAAGAGUGACCUGACGGACACGGAGCUCACGUACAAAUCACGAGAGCUUUCAGGCCGAGUAUGUGACUCUACUGGUAAAGAAGAAUGUGACAAAGAGACGGGAUCCAGUGAUGAUGGACAGAGACAAGGAACUGAGGAGACCGAUGGUGAAGAUGAGAGGUUUUGGAAGACGGAGAUGGAACUGGAUGAUGGAAGAAUGUUAGAUGAUUUAGAGAUAGACGAAGAGAUGAAGUGCAGAUUGUACAAAGUCGUUGAACACUCCAGGCUCACUUAUCUUUCCUCUACUGAUGACGAGUUAGACAGAGUUAACCAGAGUGAAGGAGAACUGGACGAAGACAAUAACGAGCAAGAGGGACUCACUUUUAAACUCUGGCAGCUGGAGAAAGAGCUGAAAGCGUCUCAGUGCUCGUCCACGGAAGACGAGCUGGACAGAGUUGGUGUUGAAGAGAAGAAGACUGAAGAGGAGGCGGGGGAUGGGAGCAACGAGGAGCUGGCUGUCAAAGUGUGCAAAUUAGCAAACCAAGUCAAUGCCACUCAGUUUUCCUCCACAGAGGAUGAGUUGGAUAGAGUAGGCAGAGACGGGGAGAACGAGAUAGAGGAGGAGAUACUGUGGAAGUUACAGGCACAAAAAGCUGUUCAGGCAGCUCACCUACGCGAUUUGAGCAGCCUUGUCGGCACCUCUCAGUUUUCUUCCACUGAGGACGAGCUGGAUGAAGCUGAAAAGACUGAAGGAGAGCGCGAUCUGAGGGUAAAUGAAGGAGGGAACGAGAGCAGCUGUGAUAUGGAAGAUGUGUGGGACACGGCAAAGGAGCAAACAGAGUCCUUCACUGGUUUGGACGUGAAGAUGUUUGAUCUCGAAGAUGAAACGUGUGAAAAAGUAACAUCUGAGAAUGUGCCGGACAAUCAGAUGGACACCAAUAAUGUCCAACAAGUCAAAACAGAAGAUCCUCAAAAGAGACGGUGCUUUGAAGAGACGUCAGCCAAAGUGACUGAGGAUGAGAUGAUAGAAGAGUGUAUGUGUGGAGAUGCAAAAGAGACGAAGUCCAUGGCAGGAGCAGAGGACACAGAAAUAAUCAGCUCAAACGAGACAAGAACAGAACAAGGAGAUUGGGCAGAGGGAAAUGAGGAAGAGAAGUUUCAGGAAAGCAGUGACGAUCAAAGGAAAUGGGAAGCAAUAGCAAACAGUGAUGAGGAAGAUGCAGAAUUUGACAGAAUAAUCAGCAGCAUGUUGACGAUGACUUUAGAGGACAUGCAGGUAGAAACACUCCAGAGUACAGACGAAGAAUCUGGGAGAACAAAUCUAGAGCUAGAAAAUGCAGAUGGAAGAGUUAAAAUAAGUGGUUUUAACGACAAGGUCAUAGUUGCACGAAGUAUAAAUGCAUCAAAAGAGACGGGAAGUGAGAAGGAACUUCAGAGACGCUGUGAUGAUGUGAGGCCAGAGUCUGCUGGGAAAGAAAAAGUCACUGGAGACGAAACUUUCCGAAAAAAGGAGAGAGGAGCGCGGAUGAGCAGAAACACAAAUGAGCAGCAGGGAAAAGAGAAGGAGCACAAAGAAAGAAGAAAUGUGGCCCAGCAGAUGAGUACAGAGGAGGAGGAGUAUAAGGACCAGAGGGAUGGAAGUGGAGGAGCUGCAGCAGAGGAAGAGAGUGAACGUAAAGAAAGUGAUGAAAAAGAUGUGGCUGACACAGAGCAGAGGAGCAAGUCUUCUCUACACAAGGGUUUUCUGUCACCAGAGGAGAUUCAACAUAGGUAUUCAGCGGUGUCCCUGUGCAGCAUCACCACUGAGGUGCUGAAGGUGCUCAAUGCCACCGAGGAGCUGCUGCAGGGAGUCGAGGGAGGACACGAUAACAGACUCUCCGCCAUCGACGCACUGCCGCCAAACACAGAUGUCAAGAAGCUGGAUGAACAAUUCUGUAGACUGGAGGAGAAUGUGUAUGUGGCGGCUGGUGCGGUGUACGGUCUGGAGGCGGAGCUGAGUGACCUUGAGGAAUGUGCCAGGAGAACCUGCACCUCCACGCCCGACAUGGAACUGUCCUUCCUGGAGGAGCAGGUGGCAUCGGCAGCUGCCAGAGUCCAACACUCUGAACUACAGAUUUGUGACAUCUCUGCAAGAAUUGCUGCUUUGAGAAGUGCUGGCCUCAUCGUGGACACACAGUCACACCUCACUAAGACCAGAACCACCCCAGUUCUGCCCGUCACCCUGGUUUCAACAAGACAAGUGAGGAGACGAUUACCUGCACCACCAGCGAAAGAAGACAAAGAAUCCUAAAUCACUGAACCAGGACUGUUGCAGGUGCAGAAAUGCGUUCCCUGUGACUCUACAGGCCAGUAUUUGCCUUAAUUUCACUUCAGCUAAUGCAAGACACUAUUAUUGUUCUGAAACUGUGCAAGAAAUCAAUGAUUCUUUUCAGAAAUUAGUUUAUUUUCACAUGGUA